AUGGUUGCAGGACAUUUACUUUCCGGGCAAGAGGUGAGCAAACACUGCAAGGCAGAUGACUGCUGGAUAGUGGUGGGAAAUAAAGUAUGGGAUCUCACGCAAUUUGUAAGCGUUCACCCAGGCGGUGCCAACGCAAUUCUUCAAUUCGCGGGUUAUGAUGCAACAUAUGCAUUUUACCAGGUCCACAGCGCUGGCCUGAUUGAGAGCACUCUUCCCUCAUCUAAACACAUGGGGGAUCUUGAUCCCAACAGUAUCGAUGAUGCAUGGCGACAGCGUUCCAGUGACUUGCCAAUGAAACCUACACUAAAGGCUUCGGAGUUCUCCAAACCGCCUCUGUCUAGCAUACUCAGCACUCGUGAUUUUGAGAGAGUCGCACAAGGGACCCUCUCGAAGAAGGCAUGGGCAUUCUAUUCAUCUGCGGCCAAUGACCUCAUCUCAAAAGAAGCGAACCAGUCGUUUUACAGUAGAAUAUGGUUCCGACCUCGAUUGAUGCGAGAUGUAACAAAUCUGGAUACCCGAUGCCAGUUUCAAGGCAUCGAAACUUCUUCGCCUAUCAUGGUCGCACCUGCUGCGAUGGCUAAGCUCGCUCACGAGACAGGAGAAAAAGGCCUUGCAAGGGCAGCAGCAGCCAGGAACAUAAUCCACUGUAUCGCGACCACUGCGUCGUACCCAUUGGAAGAUAUUGUCUCAGCAGCCCCAAAGGCAAAUUUCUUCUUCCAGUUAUACGUUCACAAAGAUCGGUCGGUGACUGAAUUACUUCUUAAAAGGGUUUGGGCCGCGGGAAUUCGCGUGAUUAUGGUGACGAUAGAUGCACCUGUCCCUGGAAAACGAGAGGCAGAUGAACGUGUGCGAACCGAGCAAGUCAUCUCAAUGCCCAUGACUGGCACAACGGCCAGAAAUGAUAACUCGGGAAGUGGACUUACCAGAACAACCGGAGGUUUUAUUGAUAGCUCGCUGAAUUGGGGCGAUAUACCAUGGCUGAAGAAAGUCUGGAAAGGCAAGGUGAUGCUGAAGGGGAUCCAGUGUGUCGAGGAUGCCCAGACUGCCGCUCAACUAGGGGUUCAGGGCAUUGUACUGAGCAACCACGGAGGUAGAAACCUGGACACUUCGCCGCCGGCACUUUUAACCCUGCUGGAGCUGCAUUAUCACGAUCCGGCUAUUUUCCAACAGACUGAAGUAUACAUUGACGGGGGGAUAACUCGUGGAACGGAUAUUCUCAAGGCCCUUUGCCUAGGGGCCAAGGGUGUACUUAUUGGGCGUCCGUUUCUAUAUGCACUCAACUACGGCGAAGAAGGUAUAGUCCAUUUGAUUGAUAUUUUACAAAGCGAACUGGAAACUGCUAUGAAACUUAUUGGAAUCAUUAAUGUUUCACAGGCACAUCCGGGGUUGCUGAACACAAAGGACAUUGAUCAUCUGGUUACAGUCAAAAAUUCCAAUGCUCGACCAGAACACAAGCUAUAA